CUCCCGGUGACUUGAAGUUUGCAGUCACGGGCAGCAUGUCCGGCUGUAGGCUGUUCUCGCGUGGGGCUGCGGCGGCGGCGGCGGCGGCGGCAUCGGCGCGAGCUUCGCGGGUGCUGAGGGUCUUCACGGCUAGGCGCCGCCCGCUGCACACCAGUCUGCAGAGCUGCUCUUUCGCCAAGGAGCUUUUCCUGGGCAACAUCGAGCAGAAAGGAGUUUUCCCAUUUCCAGAGGUUAGUCAAGAUGAACUUAGUGAAAUCAAUCAGUUUGUGGGACCACUGGAAAGAUUCUUCACUGAUGAAGUGGACUCUCGAAAAAUUGACCGGGAGGGAAAAAUCCCAGUUGACACCUUAGAGAAAUUGAAGAGCCUGGGACUUUUUGGGAUACAGGUCCCAGAAGAAUAUGGUGGCCUGGGCCUCUCUAACACUAUGUAUGCUCGGCUUGGGGAGAUCAUCAGCAUGGAUGGCUCUAUCACGGUGACCCUAGCAGCACACCAGGCUAUUGGCCUCAAGGGGAUUAUCUUGGUCGGCAAUGAAGAACAGAAGGCCAAGUAUCUGCCCAAACUGGCAUCUGGAGAACACAUCGCAGCCUUCUGCCUAACAGAGCCAGCCAGUGGGAGUGAUGCUGCGUCCAUCCAGACUCGAGCUACAUUAAGUGAAGAUAAGAAGUACUUCAUCAUCAAUGGCUCCAAGGUUUGGAUCACCAAUGGCGGACUGGCCAAUAUUUUUACUGUGUUUGCAAAAACUGAGGUGGUUGAUUCCGAUGGUUCAAUAAAAGACAAAAUCACGGCUUUCAUAGUAGAAAGAGACUUUGGUGGAAUCACUAAUGGGAAGCCUGAAGAUAAAUUAGGCAUUCGAGGCUCCAACACAUGUGAAGUCCAUUUUGAAAAUACCAGAGUGCCUGUGGAAAAUGUCCUUGGAGAGGUUGGAGGUGGCUUUAAGGUAGCUAUGAACAUCCUCAACAGUGGGCGAUUCAGCAUGGGUAGUGCUGUGGCCGGGAUGCUCAAGAAACUGAUUGAACUGACUGCGGAAUAUGCCUGUACGAGGAAACAGUUCAAUAGGAAUCUGAGUGAAUUUGGUUUGAUUCAGGAAAAGUUUGCGCUAAUGGCUCAGAAGGCAUAUGUAAUGGAGAGUAUGGCUUACCUCACCGCAGGGAUGCUGGACCAACCAGGAUUCCCCGACUGCUCAAUUGAGGCCGCCAUGGUGAAGGUGUUUAGCUCCGAGGCUGCCUGGCAGUGUGUGAGUGAGGCUCUGCAGAUCCUCGGGGGCUCAGGCUACAUGAAGGACUACCCCUAUGAGAGGAUGCUGCGUGACGCCCGCAUUCUCCUAAUCUUUGAGGGAACCAAUGAGAUUCUUCGGUUGUUCAUUGCCCUGACAGGCCUGCAGCAUGCUGGACGCAUCCUGACAUCAAGAAUCAAAGAGCUUAAAAGCGGCAAUGUGAUCACGAUCUUUGAGACAAUUGGUCGGAAGCUUCGGGACUCACUGGGCCGAACUGUGGACCUGGGGCUAUCAGGCGAUCUCGUACACCCCAGUCUUGGAGACAGUGCCAGCAAGCUUGAGGAAAAUGUGUAUUACUUUGGCCGAACUGUUGAAACCCUAUUACUCCGAUUUGGAAAGACCAUCGUAGAGGAACAGCUGGUUUUGAAGAGGGUAGCCAACAUCCUCAUCAACCUGUAUGCCAUGACAGCUGUGCUGUCUCGGGCCAGUCGCUCGAUCCGAAUUGGGCUCCGGAAUCAUGAUCACGAGGUUCUUUUGGCCAACAUGUUCUGUGUGGAGGCUUAUUUCCAGAAUCUCUUGAGCCUGUCUCAGCUGGACAAGUAUGCUCCAGAAAACCUGGAUGAUCAGAUUAAGAAAGUGUCUCAGCAGAUUCUUGAGAAGCGAGCCUACAUCUGUGCCCAUCCUCUAGACAGGACGUCCUGAAGCUGGAACUGUGUACCCGUACCUAUCUAGCUCAGGUUAACAUAAGUCAGUCUCUUCAGAAGAUAAACCAUGGGGUCAUCUGUGUGGACUGUAUGUCAUUUGUAUGCACUAAGCAGUUUUCUUCUCUGUGAAAGAGCAAUAGUUAGGUUUUUACCUGUAGGCUCUGCAUCUAAAGAGAACACAUCUUCUAGAAGGAAAGAAGGAAGGAAGGAAGGAAGGAAGGAAGGAAGGAAGGAAGGAAGGAAGGAAGGAAGGAAGGAAGGAAGGAAGGAAGGGAAGAAAAGGACAAAAUUGUUGAAGAAAGAAGAAGAAGGAACCAAGUUGCUGAUGGCUCUUGUGUGUGGCUACAGUGACACAUCUCAGUGGAAAUGGGCCCACCUCCAUGACACAAGCUCCCGGGGACCUAAGAUGUAGGCAGCCAUCCUGCUAAACCAUAUGCUGAAGAAGAACCUGAGAAGCUGGUCUAUACCACCUGCUGAAACUGUUGACAUAACAAAAACCAUAAACCGUCACAGUUUAUAUCCAAUUUAAAUUUCAUGUUCUUUCAGUCCAUAAUCAUGAGGGGUCUUAACAAUAAAAUUCCUUCUUGAGUGUUUUAAA